AUGAGGUUUGACGAGAUCCUGGAGGAAGUUGGCGGCUUCUCAAAGUUCCAGUUCCUGGUGCUGUUUCUCCUCUGCCUCCCCCGAGCCAUCCUCCCCCUCCACUUCCUCCUGCACAACUUCAUCUCUGCCACUCCUCCACACCGCUGUGCCCUUGGGACCCUGGAGGACACAAACCAGGCCCCCGAAGUACAGGAUGAAAACUCUGUCAGCUCCUGUAGAGUCUAUGACCCCCCGCUGACCUUCGACCUCAGCCAGGGAAACAGGACAGCACCUUGUCAACAUGGAUGGAUCUACGACAGGUCGCAGUUUAGCUCCACAACCGCUACCGAGUGGGAUCUGGUGUGUGACAACAAACGGCUGAAUCAAGCUCUCGCCACAUACUUCUUCCUCGGGGUCACGCUCGGAGCCAUUCUCUUUGGACAGCUCUCUGACAGGUUUGGUCGGAAGUCGAUGCUUCUGGUGGCUUUAAUUGCCGCCACCAUGCUGGGAUUCACCUCGGCCUUCUCCACCUCCUACAUCAUGUUCGCCCUGUCCAGAGCGCUGUGUGGUGUGGCCCUCAGCGGGCUGUCAAUCAUCGGAGUUGUCCUCGGUAUUGAGUGGACGGACGUGAAGCACCGUACGUUCACUGGCACUGUCAUGAGUUUGUCUUGGAGCGUGGGCAACAUGUUCCUGGCGCUGCUGGCCUACUUCAUUCGAGACUGGAGACACCUGACGCUGGCGGUGACGGCGCCCUGCAUCAUUGCCAUCGUCUCCUGGUGGUGGCUGCCGGAGUCGGCUCGCUGGCUUCUGGCCAACGGCCGAGUGGAGGAAGCUCAGAAGCAUCUGGUUCAGUGUGCGGCGAUGAACGGCAAGAAAACCUCCAAACUGAACACUGAGGCUUUGGGGAAAGUGACCGUGUCUGAAGGAGCUGAGAAGAAACCCUCGUACCUGGAUUUGGUCAAAACUCCGCAGCUGAGGAAGAUCACCCUCUGUUCCGGAUUAUUCUGGUUUGCUGUUGCCUUCCUGUACUAUGGUAUAAGCUUCAGGAUCUCAGGUUUCGGCGUCAGUAUCUACCUCACACAGUUUAUUUAUGGCGCCAUUGAGGUUCCCGCCAAAAUCCUCAGCUUCUUCGUCCUGGACUGGAUCGGCCGCAGGAAUGGCCAGGCGUGGUUUCUGAUCAUAACUGGAACCCUAAUAGGAAUAAACACAGCCAUACCUUUAGAGUUCUCUGUGCUUCGCACCUGCAUCGCUGUGGUGGCGAAGGGAUUCUCUGAGGCGGCUUUCACCACUGCCUUCCUCUACACAGCAGAGCUCUACCCGACAACCCUCAGGCAGUGUGGUUUGGGCUACACUUCCUGUCUCUGUCGGAUCGGAAGCGCCCUGGCUCCCAUGAUCAUGCUGCUGGAGGACGUCUGGCUUCUUUUGCCGCCACUGAUCUUCGCCGGGACUGGAAUUGUCAGUGGCAGCUUGGUCUUCCUGCUCCCGGAGACGCUUAAUAUCCGUUUACCCGAAAACAUCAUGGAUGUGGAAGAGGGAAGACACCGGCAGAGAGACGCAGGAGAAGAUGCAAAGAUGGAGCUGAAGGACUUGGACCCCAGAGACACAAACAUGUUACAAGGAACCUGAGGAGCUUCUCAUCCUGAUGCUGGUUCUGCAGCAGCUCAGUCGCAGCUGUGAGGACCUCAAACGAAUGUUAGACUAAAACAGUUUGUAGCACGUGUUCAGAACAACAGACCUGACACACUUAGACAAAGAGUUUGUUCUCUAGUGUUUUUAAUUGAAGACUGGCUUUAAAGUCAUCACCUACCUGCUGCUGAUAUUCACCUGUCAAUCACCUGACUGUUAGGACUGGAUCUCAGGUCACAUAUAAACUGUGUUGCAGCAAAUCUUUAGUGUUUGAAAAAGGCAUCUGCGGUUAUA